CAAUUUUGAAGUUAUACUUUUUCUCGGUGUGGACCUCAACAAUGCCCUGUUGUCAUGGGAACCGGAGCUUCUAAAGACAACUCAUCUGGCAAGAAGAAAAAAAAUGAAACGGCACAGACGAAGAAACAGCAGGAAGAACAGUCACAUAAGGCACUCUCCAAGGCUAAAGUGAAUGAUGUGACUGCUACUAUUGUUAAAGUGAACGUCUCAAAGGCAGGUUUUUGGCCUCCAGCAGUGACUGUUAAAGAAGGGCAGUGUGUGGUGUUUUCAUGGAAUGAACCAAGUGGAAAUGGGCAUAAUAUAAGACAGGUUGUAUUCGGUGCAGUCAAUUUGCAGUCAGCUGUUGGUGGUUAUUUGAGCGGCGAUCUGAAACCACAUGGAAAAUACAAAAUACAAUUCAAUCUAGAAGGUGAAUUCAAAUUUGUGAGUGAUGGAUUUCACAGUUCAACCAAACCAUUUGUUGUCACUGUCCACUUGAGAACUGAAAUUCCAGCUGAGGUAACUGACAAAGGAUUCUCCACAAACAUAUUAAGAAUCAAUCAAGGUAAUACUGUGAAAUGGACCUGGAACUCAACAUCAGUACCACAUAAAAUCUAUGAAGUCAAAUUAUGUCCAAAACACUGUGGACUUCUGCCAACAAAUACUGGGAGCUCAGUCGCAAGUGCAUCUGGAUCUUACAAGCAUGAGUUCAAGUCGCCAGGGCUUUAUUAUUUCCAAACAGAAGGUGAAGAAGAAGGGACACACCAUCUGUGUAUAGUUCAUGUCAGAGAAAGACAAAGCGAAUUCAGAAUCGAUGUGACUGACAGGAAGUUUAGUCCUCGAUUGCUGACAAUCAAACAAGGUGAUCGAGUCUGGUGGGAGUGGGACCGACUUAAGUGCAAGAAAGGUCAUAAUAUAAUACAAGUUGAUGUGCCUCAGUAUUCAGAUGAAAUAGAUCCAUAUCCUAAACCUGUUAAAGGUGGUUUUAGGUGUGAAGCACCAAGUCGCUCAGGAGUACUGAGUCAUGUGUUUUCCAAAACUGGUGUCUACUAUUACUGCGAUCAGGACUAUGAUGACAACAGAGAAUAUUUGGGAGUUAUUCUUGUCAAACCAAAAGAAAGAGAACAUUAUAUUGAACUCACUUCCGAUGGAUUUUAUCCAGAUCUUGGUGCAAUAUCAGCAGGGGAUCGUGUCUGGUGGAUUUGGGACCCACAGUCAGUACAGGAUCAUUUCUCCAUUAUGGAGGUUGAUCGCUGUCUUGCUGGAAAUGAUAAAGUCAAUUCUGACCGGGAUUGUAACAAUUUAUGCAGUUAUGUUAAUAAUGAUGAUGCUACCUUGAUAAGCUGUAUUGGUAUUGAGACAAUUCAACUGAACACAGUGGGUGUGUAUCAUUACCGUGUAUCAGACAGCCCUGUCAACGUGGGCUGCUCAUCAAUCAUUGUUAACCCCAAACCAAAGGACCAUGUUAUCACAGUCAGUGAUUCUGGAUUUGAUCCAAGGGUGUCCACAUUGUAUCCUGGUGACAGAGUCUGGUGGAUUUGGGAAGACUGCAAAGAAGAACACAAUAUCAUUCAGGUAUCUCAUCAAGGAAGACCUAUCAAAGAUGGAUUCUGUAGUGGAGCUCCAUUAGACAGUCCUGGAGCCUUUGUCUAUCAAUUUAGUGAGACUGGUGUCUACUAUUUUAUUAGCAUAGGACAGCCAAAGGCAUUUGGGGCAAUUGUUAUAUCAUCACAGCCUCUGGUCAGUCAGGUCAGAGUCUCUAAAAAUACCAUACAGCCUGAUCCUGUAUUGGCACUGACCAAUGAUGUAGUAGUAUGGAUGUGGCCAGGGCUUAGAAAGCAUGGCAUAACGCAAGUCGCUGAUACCAAACAGGUGUAUGAACUACAAUCGUACACUCAAGAUAUUGUAACACCAAGGAGGUGUUUUGCAUUGAAGUUCAGCACCCCCAAUAUCUACCAUUAUUACAGUAAAGCAUUCUCAGGCAAUGAUGAUAAAUAUUUGUAUGAACACAGUAGCAAGUGUGUUUUAAGCACCGUAAUUAUCAACAAUGCAAGUGAUAGUGUUGUUGUACAUGUCUCAAGUAAUAAGGGAUUCAAGCCAAACACAGUCAAUAUACUUAGGGGUCACAGUGUUCUUUGGUCAUGGAAAGACUGUGAGGAGGAUGAAGUGCAUAAUAUAGUACAUGUCAACCCCCCAGACCAUGAGAAACCAUACACUCCAGUGUCUGAUGAGACUGCCUUUGACAGUGGUCCAGCUAUCACCAACAAUAGUUUUAUUUACACGUUUGAUGAGCCGGGUAGUUAUUUUGUGGCAUCACAAGGAACCCCAGGUUACGUUGGCACUGUGAAUGUCCUUGAUAAAGAGGUGUUAACAGCCAUGCCAGUGAUAUCUUCUGAUGUGAAUGGUGGUACGGUUGAAAGAUGGCACACGGUAUAUUUACAAUGUAGUACCGAUGGUAGUACUAUAUUUUACACUUUAGAUGGUUCCAAUCCAGAAUAUCAUGGCCAAUUCACAAAGAUUUACAAACCAAAUAAGGGCAUUAUUUUAAGAGAAUCAGGAUUACAAGUCAUUCGUGCAAUGGCAGUCAGUGAUGAUGCUUUAAACAGUAAAAUAUUUACAUCUAAACGAUUCUGGAUACUGGAAGGUGAAAAACGAGAGAAUGGAGAUGAAGAAAUGGUUUUAUCAACAGAGGAAGAUGAUGAAGAAGAUGAUGAUUUCCAAGAUACAGCAACAACGAUGAAAUGGCAUUGGUGGAAUUGUGUUCCUGAAGUUCAAGGCUGGAUUGUAUCCCCAGGAUGUGUUGAAGUAUAUUGGGAAAUGCCUGAAGAUAUCUAUAAGCCACAGAUCAAAACAUACCAGGUUUAUGUUAACAAUGUAUGUUACUGUGAAGCCCUGCCAUCUGACUGUCACAGUGUCCGUAUCCUUGGCUUUGCUGGUGGCUGUGACUAUAUUAUUAAAAUUGUUGCUUUGCCAAAAGACUCGCAAUUUCUUCCCCAAGAAUCCAACAAACUGAGAGUGCAUAUACCAGAGAGAACUAAGAAUAAGGGACCCCUUAUCAGCUGUGAAAUACAAUAUCAGCCUGAUGUGAUGGCAAUAGUAUGGAUGGCAAUACAUGACAAGGAAAACCCAGUCACAUCAUAUAGACUGUAUGUCAAUGAUCAGAAGUGUGGAGAUGAGGUUGUGCCAGAUGAAGGAAGUAACAAAUGUAAAGUUGUCAUCCAAGGAUGUGAGAUAAAUACUCUAUAUAAAGUGUGUGUUAUAGCUGAACAAGAAGGUAAUGAAAAUGGUUUAGUAUCCAAUGAACUUCCAGUGUUGCUACCACAAACCACCCAACAUAUCAUACUACCCCAAGGUAGAAGUCUAUUAGAAGAAGACCUCCAGUGUUAUAUAACAGUUACUAGAGGGACUGGUCACCCUCCUGAUGCAGAGAGGGAACUGCUUCCAAGCACCCAGCUUACUAUGGAGCUAGAUCUUGACCGGUCUUACACUCACACAGAGACUAUACUGACACAAACCAAUAUUCAUUUAGAGGAGCAACAGGAAAACCAGGUAAAAGAGCAUGCCGAGUGCAGUGAUGAUCAUAAUGUUAAUGCUGCUUCUGAUGAUGAUAGUAAUGCACGAUCUAAUGAGUGUGAACAAUCUGUGUGGAGAGCAUCUAGCUCAGACUCCAGUUCUUCAGAAUCUGGGAGCUCUUCUGAGAGUGAUGAAGAUGAACUAGUUAAACAAAAUGAGUUAGAUGAGGGGGAGGAGGAGAAGGGAGAUGAAUCAGAAAGAGAGGAGGAAAGGGAGGAGGAGGUUGGGGAGGGGAAUAAUGAUCUGAAAAGAAGUAAAGAGACUGCUGACUCUGAUACAGAAGAGGUCUUGGUAGAAGAACAGAUACACGAUCAGGAAGAAGAAAAAAUGCAUCUGGAAACUUCUGAUAAUUAUGAAAUGCAUGAUGAUAUUAAUGAGCAUGACACAUAUAUUAACAAUGCGAGUGAAAGUGAUCAUGAUAAAGAUAGCAAUCACGAUAAUGAUAAAGAUAGUAAUCAUGAUAAUGAUAAAGUUAGUAAUCAAGAUGUUGAUAGUGAAUUGCAUGGUGUUGCUGUGAUGCACACACUUAUGGAUGAACACAUUGAUGAACAAAAGGAUGAGCUUCCAGUGCCAAAAAUUUGUUGUAAGAGUGAAGCUAAGAAACCGGAGAUACAGGUAGAGUGGAAUUGUGAGAAAUCUCAAAGCAAGAGAUAUAUACUACAGCAUUAUCUGGUAUGUGUGAUUGGUACAAAGUUUGGUGAUGUCCAAAGUCACAAUAGUUUUGAGACAGGUAUUUUAGAGGGCAAGGUAUGUUAUCAACAUUGUUGGACAGUGAAAGAGUCUACUAAGUUGAAAAUAUCUGAAUUGGCCGAGUCUACACAGUAUAAAGUAUAUGUGUCUUGUGUGUUCACACGUAAGAAGAGAACCGAUGAAAAAGUUGAGGUGAAAUCUGAAGAAGUGAUCUGUGUGAGCGGUGGUCGGCCAUCACCACCAAUUCUGAGCAUCAGUAAUAUCGGUCUACACCAAGUCUGUUUGAGUUGGGAGUCUGGCCUCACACAUCCUGAUGUGAUACUGAAAGGAUACCAAGUGUAUCUUAAUUUUAAAGAACUGGGUGAACUAUUGUCUCCACAAACUACCUCAUCAUUAAUACAAGAUAUUGCCAUUGGAGCCAGUCAUCAUGUGUAUGUGGAAUCAGUGACUGACUUGCCAGUCGGUAACAGUGAAGCAUCCAACGUUGUUACAAUCGUAUGUCCUCAGCCAUUGGACCCUCCAAGUAUCAGUUGUCUUCCCUCUGUUAAAAACUGUGCUGCCUUGAUAGUCUGGCCUAAACCAAAGGGUCCAGACUCACAAUUAGUGGCUGCAUAUAGGAUAUAUGUAGAUAACAAAGAAGUUGGUGAAUUAGAUGUGAAGAAGUCGGACUGUAGGGGAAACAGUUAUCAGUAUUACAUAACAGAUUUACAACCAGGUGUAUCUUAUGAUGUUACAGUCAGAACAUACACUGGUCAAAAAGAAGCUGAUUUAUAUUCUGGUAUUGUCUACUGUGGUGUGCUGAGUUCUAUAUCCAAUGUACUGCCAGUCAUGUGUACAGCUCCUCCAAAGUCACCAAGGCUUAGAUUAGAAGGACUUCAUAAUCAUGGUAUUGAUGUCACAUGGGAAAUACCACAACAGUAUGGAGAUGCAGCUUUGUCUGGCUUCCAGAUGGUAAAAGACGGGAAGUUGUAUGGCUCAAUAAUUGCACCAGAUGUGUUAAGUACCACAGUGAGUGGUGUUACACUGGGAGACGUGGCCACCUUACAGAUUGUAGCAUUAACAAACCACCCUGUUGGAAAAUUAGAACAUGAAGGCAGUAUCUUCAGUGGAAGUGAUUCUGGUAUUGAUAACACAUCUGCAAUUGUGCAAGAUGAGAAAGAAUUACCUCUUAUGGAGAAAUUCUCAGCUUGUAAGCCUGGACCGAAGUUGAUGGUUAGUUACACUGGUUUAGUCCAGCCACCAUCUAAAGUAUGGUCAGAAAACUUAACUGGACAUUCAGCCAUUGUGGCAUGGACAACUGAUGAAAAGAAGAAAAAGCAUUAUGUAUCACCUGAGAACUAUCAGGUGACGUGGUGGCCAGGUGACAAUCCAGACACAGAUAUAAGAAGCCAGUCUACCACAAAUGAUCACAUCACUAUAUCUGGGUUAAAGCCAGCCACAAAGUACACAGUGAUUGUGGAAGCCAGAAGAGCUCAGCUAUAUAGUUCAUAUAUAGAAGAAGAGUCAGAGGAGAGAGAUAACAGUACAUUUAUUCUGACUGCACAGUCAGAGCAGUUAUGUGUUACUACUGGGUGUCCACCAGAACCACCUACCAACAUUGGAGUCAUCACUAGUAGGUGUAAUAGUCUACAGAUUGCAUGGCAUUCACCUGUAGAACAUGGAAUUGAAGUUAUAGGAUUAAGGGUUUAUGUCUUUCCCAGUGAAAACAAAAAAGUUGGUUACUCUCAGUGCAUGGAACUGUUGCCCGAUAUAACAUCGUUAAUGAUACAAGACCUUGCAGAAAGCACUGAAUAUAUAAUACAUGUACUUGCAAUAACUCAAGAAUACUUUGACCAGUUGCCAUCGAGAAGCAAACGCAAAAAGAAAUCACAUUCUCUAUCAAAAGAUUGGGAAAAAGUUCCCAAAGACUCACCGUGGCUUCCAUAUGCAAGCAUGCAUGCAAUUACCUCUGGGACACAUGCUCCAGCCGAUUUAACAUGUGUCACAUCCGCUAUGGACACUAUUGUGGUGAAAUGGACACCACCUCAGGUGCUUGGAACAAAUAAAUUAGAAAGUUGUGUGGUUAGGUGGUCUGAGGAAAGUCGGAGUAAAACGCCAAGGAACGGUAACAGUCGUGGAAGUUUGACCGUACAUCCAGAGGAUACAAUGGCUGAGAUUACUUCACUGAUGCCGGGAAGAAAUUACAAGAUUUUAGUUGAAGCGCACAUCUUGGUAAAAAUGACACUUGAGGAACAAAAGAAUAGUGAUAGUGAUUAUCGUAAUGCACAGGUUGCUUCUGAUGUGAUUAUAGUUAGGACGAAAGCUCCUGUAAACCCACCUGAAUUAUUUUUGACUGGGUACAGUUCUAACCAUAUUACAUUAUAUUGGGAAAAACCAGUGUUAUUUACAGCAAUGCAAAACAAAGACAUGUCUGGUUGCAGUAGUUGUAUAAAACGCAAUUUAGUCGGUUAUAGAUUAGAUGUGAAUGGUAGAACACAUACCAGAUUGGGACCAGCAGCACAGAACUGUACAUUGACAAACUGUAGAUGUGAUAAAAAAUAUACCAUUGUGCUAGUAGCUUUAACAACAACUGAAAAUGAGAGGAACAGAAGAAAAAAGAUUGAAAGUAAGGAAGCAAAUUGGAGAGAUAGUAGCAGUACUAUAAGUAAAGAUGACAAGAAUGAGGAAUAUGAUGAAGCACCAUCCCAGGCUAUCGAUGUUAUUUUACCAAAACCACAACCAGGGGCUCUUGUUUCACUUGAAGCUAAAUUCACCAGAAGUGCCAGUAAAAAGAAUGCCAAUGAACACAGGUAUGGUUUCAUAAACAUAGAGUGGUGUACACAGAAAUCCAGUGAUUCCCACACACCCAGUAGUACUAGUGGUAUUCAAGGCUUUGAUGUGAGUUAUGUAUCAAGUCAUGAUGACAAAGAGCAUACUAAAUCACUACCACCCAAUGCUACUAGUUAUGAAUUACCAAUCAAAACAGAAAGGUUGAUAUAUGAUAUCAGUGUACAGCCGAUCUAUGACGAUGACUAUUAUUUCUCGCCAUCACAAAACCUGACAUACCAAUGUCCUGGAUCUCCAGAUCCUCCAAUGCUAUGCUGUACUUCUAUACACAGUGAUCAUUUUACCAUAGAGUGGGGUGAACCUACUUUGUAUGGUGGUGUGGAAAUCAAAGGUUAUCAG